AUGGAAUUACAUGAACAUUAUGAAACAUUUAUCGAGAGAAAAGAACAGUGUAUACGGCAUUUAAAUGCGGUGAAAGCAACAAUGAAAUUAAUGAUGAUUGGUGGUGUGUCGAUAUAUGCGAAUAAUAACCAGAAUUUGGAAUUAUGCAAAUCGUUAUAUAAAUUGUUUUUUCAAUUGCUAUUAAUGAGUGAUAAAUUUGAUGAAAUGAUCAAAUUUAUACAAAAUUUAACCAAUUCGCAGAGAGAAAAUUAUUACGAUGAUCAAUCAUUUUUAUACGAUAUUGAUAGAAAUUUUUGGGAAAUCUGUUGUGUUUGGAAGGAUGAAAAAACAAUCAGACAAUUAGAUUAG